CGCGAUUUUGGAGGCUGCCCUGUCCGCGUCAUUACUUCUCCUCCUCCUGAGUUAUCCGUCAUUUCUACGUCACUCGAUUUCACCUCAAAAAUGGUAUAUAAGGAGGCUCUCGCAGCUCUAACGAUCCUUACCAAACUCCCUUUAACCACUUUCACCUCACAACAACUCUUAAUAUCAUCAUCAUGGCUGACACUGGACGUCAAUCUUUCACCGACAAGGCCGAGGCUGCACUCAAGCCCGACUCUGAGAAAUCGACCACCGAGCACAUGGGUGACAAGCUGAAGGGCCACGGCGACAGCGCUGCUUCUACCAUGCAGCCUCAGAGCGAGAAAUCCACCGGCCAGAAGGUCGGUGACACCCUCAGCGGCAACUCCAACAACAACGACAAAUCCAUGAUUGACAAGGCAAAGGAUGCCGUCGGUCUUGGAGAGAGGAAGUAGACGAAUAGGACCACGAAUAUCACGAGAAUGCAGUAACAUAACACAUUAUUGUAUCAUCAUACCUACAUUGAAUCCAAUCUCGCGUCGAUAAUCGAC